AUGUUCUCCGUCUGGCCUGGUUUCAUCAUCUGGAAACUGCAAAUGCCGACCUGGAAGCGCGUUAGCGGAAUGGGGCUCCUGAGUAUUGGCGUUGCGUCCUGCAUCUUUGCCUUCAUCAAGCUAUAUUCCAACACGACUCUCCUUGGAGUCAGUGAUCCAAUCGUCCAGCUCGAUCGAGUCCUUCAGAUUGCCCUGUGGAACAGCAUUGAGAAUGACUUUGUGCUGAUCGCCGCGUGUCUGCCCGCCGCUCCUCCGAUAAUUCGGGCAUGCUCGCGAGCACUACGGCGUCGGACCCUAUCAGCACCUCCACGUAACACGUAUAGCUUUUCCAGGAGGCUCAAAGUCCCAGGACCAUACAGUGAUAUUAUUAGCGUAGAGCUGGUGACUAAUGCGCAGAAGCCAGGGAGAUGGAACAGCAAUGGUGGAGUGAACGGCUCCGCGGUGUCGGACGGGUACAAGUGA